ACCAAAUACUUCUUUUUACAGUCCUGUUUAAAGAACUAAGCUUGCACUCUUUCUGUUUCCUUUAACAAUGCCACAUGCAGCUUCUGAUGAAGAAGAUCCACUGGUACCUGUUUCAGGAGUGUCUACAAAAGGAAAUUUAAGAACAAGGUGUUUGCCAAAAUAUCAAACAGGUCAAACCGAGCUGAAGGCGCCUGUAGCUGUUGCUUCUGUUUCCAUGGAUCCUGAUAGAGGUACAGGAGGUCUGACAGGGCAGCAGGGCACUAAUGAAGGAGGAAUGAAGAGCGCUUCUUUAAAGGAUUUGUGUCCUGAGGACAAGAGACGCAUUGCAAACUUAAUUAAAGAACUUGCCAGGGUAAGUGAAGAAAAAGAGGAGACGGAAGAACGGCUGAAAGCUGAACAGGAAUCGUUUGAGAAGAAGAUCAGACAGCUAGAGGAGCAGAAUGAACUUAUCAUCAAGGAAAGGGAAGCUCUGCAGCAGCAGUACAGAGAAUGCCAAGAACUUUUGAGCCUUUAUCAGAAGUACCUAGCUGAGCAGCAAGAAAAACUAUCACACUCCCUUUCUGAACUCAGUGCUGCCAAGGAAAAGGAGCAGAAGGUAUCCAGUGGGAAGAGCUUGUGCCAGCAGCACUCUUUGGGGCUGAACAGCUCCUACUUGGGUGUUGGGGGGCCUUGGACUCUUCAUAAGAACAGCAGAGCACCGAAGGCUGCAAGCCCAGCCCGUGUUGUGUUGUCUCAGCCUUGCAGGAAUAACCACGAUUACAGGACUGAGAUGCAUUACAACCAUCAGGAAUGUCUGAAGGAGUAUCCGAUGGAGAAUGACUUGAACAGAAAGUGCAACAAUGUGAUUUCCCCAGCCAAGCAGAGGAGCCCUCACCAUGUAAAGCAAGCUCAGGAGAUGGACCAGAGGGCAAGUGAAAUUCAGAGUGCAUGCCCUCAGCAAGUGAGCCAUGGCUGUGCCUGGAGGCAUGUGGGGAGCUCAGGGAGCGUGGAAGAGAGCUGCUGUGUCAGCCAGGUACUUAGGAAACACUCGGGGACAGUUCACAAGAGCCAUGAUCAUUCCAGGCACUGUAGAGGUUCUAGGCUGAAUCACAGCACAGACUCAGGCCCUAAGGAAACAGAGCUGGCUAAAAGAUUGUACGAAGAAAGAAGGCAGAAGCUGCUUCUUCAAAAACUGGAGCUGGAAAUUGAAAAGGAACGACUCCAACAUUUAUUGACUAAGCAAGAAGCGAAACUGCUCCUAAAACAACAGCAACUACACCAAUCCCGUAUGGAUUAUAACAGGGUUAAAGGCCAUGUACCUGGCUCAGAAGAUGUGCCCAUUGCUGAAGCACCCAGAGAUCUUGUUCUGAUGAUGAAUGGCAGCAGCAUGGGGCUAAGUGUCCCUGUGUUGAAACAUGAAGAUUAUUUACUGAGGACAUCUCCAGAGAGCAAAAACUCCAGAAAACCAGGGAGCAGUCAUGGGAGCAGUUCAGGGAAGAAAAUGGUUGGCUUUGGUAUAAACAUGGAUGAUGGGCAAAGCCCUCAAAUGCAGACCAAGAGGGAAGGCACCAAGCCCAGAAAAGGGACAACUUCAGGACUUAGGAAGGAUGCAGCCAUAUCUCCUGGGUUGAUGGGCAGCAGCAAAGUGCCUGCAACCACAGCCGUAUCACCGAUUCAGCAUGACCCUUCACGGUACCAAGCCUCUCUUCUUGGCCUGGUGGAGUCUGUGAGCGCAAUAUCAGCUCCAGGACAGCUCUGCUGGGAACCUUGUGACGGGAACAAACCGCACCCGCCCUGCUGCGCGAGCCACAGGCUGUCCUCCUCCUGGUGCCAGAGCCCCUGCAGCCCCAGGAGCAGAGCAGAUGAGCUGGAGGAGAGUCGGCUCCUCGAGGAGAUCUUCUUCAUUUGACACUGCUCCUUGGUCCACACAUCCUCUGAAAUUACUGGAGUGAUCACUGCUUGUUUUCCCUCUUCUAAAACAUAGCUAAUUAGCAUCCAGGUUCAUUUUGGAUUUAGUGAUCAUGAUGCAAGUAUAUUGUUGGGGUACGCCAAUCAGAAAGUGUUAACUUUUUUCCUAAACCUUUCAUGUGCCAAGUAAUCAAUUUACAAUAGCAUUUUUUAAAAAUCUACAACAUUUUCUAAUACAUUGAAGUCACAGUUUUGCCAGCUUUAUAUCGGAAGUAUAUUUCAUUAUUGAUUUUUUUUCACUCUGAAGCAGUUUGCAAGAACUGCCCAACAUUCAACAACCAGCAUGUUCAAAGUAGAUUAUUUUCUAAUUAAACAAGUCUGUUUAAAACCUGGCAUAUUAUAAAGGUACAAGCACUUUAGUACUUUUUCACUGAUUUUAUGAUCUACUUUUUCCUUCAACAUUCUGAUAUUUAACACACUGAGUUUUUAGGGGAUAUAUUGUAAGCUCAACUCUACAGUGUCUGAUAAUGUUAAUAGACGAUGUUGCAGGUUGAUGUACUAGGCACAGGUUUGAAUUAUAUUCCUCUUUAAAUCAGUGCUAUUUGACAGAGUUUAUGUGCUGGGUAAUGUAACCCUGAAACAGCAGAACAGAGUCAGACAUCAUAGAGAUCCAAAACCUAUUUGAUGUACUUUUCAAGAUGAAAUACAUAGUAGUGCUAGCACAAGAGCAGUCUUAAGACAUUUUCACUAACUUGCACUAUUUUGAUCCUGCAUCCAGGCUCCAUUGUAAAUAAGACAAAUCAGUAAUUAUUUCCACUAGCAGCUCACAAUGCACACUUUCCUGCCAGCUUUAAUUAUUCAUGCUGUAUCUAUUUCAGUUUAUUUAAAUGCAUUUCCAUCUACUGCAUGUACUUGGUUAUUUAAAGAAAUGUGCCGAAUUGGUAAAAAUGACUGCACAUUACAGGAUUAAUGGUCAUUUUCUCCACAAUGCAGUGUUCAUAUUUUAUUGUAACAGUAGCCACCGGCAUGUGUUCCUAGAAAUAUGAGACUAAAAUACUCAUUUUGCACAGUAAAAUUGCAGCAAGGGAAAGGUAGAAUUGAUCCAGUACGGGCAAGUUCUAGGCCAUUUGCUCCCAAACACCACUUCAUGGGCCAGUACUGCUCCUCAGACCAUCUCUUUAGGCAACCCUGCUUAUCUUAAUGGCUGGGUUGAGUUGCUGUACUGAUGCUUGGGGUAUGGCUGCUGUCUGCCUCCCCACGCUGCUCCUGUGCAAUGUGUGAUGCUUUGCAAGGUGGAUCUCAGACGAGAGCACCGCAGCCCCUGGCAGCACUGUGCUCCAUCAGUGAAACAAAAGGAGAGAGAAGGGGAAGAGGAACCUCAGGUUACUCUGGGCUGCUUUGUUCAGGCCCAGUCUUAAUCACAAAUUAGGUGAUAUCCUUUCUGUGCAUCCCAGCUGAAUUUUAAAAGCUGCUUGGGGGAGUUUAAAGGAGGAAAGCAGCAUUGCUGGACCAGAAAAUUACUACUGUGGCAAGUCCCUGCAUGGUCUGUCCUGCUUCUAGUGAGGUGUUACAGUUUUAUGGAAUAUGUCCAUCUGCUGUUGAAUGUCCCUCUUGUUCUACUCCCUGAGCCUGUGAAGGCCCAGGUAUCUGCUAAGGGCCCCAAAGACGUAUUCAGUGCCCUGGCUCAGGUAGAGCAGAUGGGAACAUAAGUUUUCUUAUACUGUUGGCUGAGUAGUGUGCUGCUUAAAGAGGACAGGAAAAAGGAGGAGAAAGAAGAGAAAAAUAUACAAGGACCAGCAGGAAAUUUGGGGAUAACUGUCACACAGAUCUUAGAGUUUGGGGUUGUUUCAUGGUGUUUUUUUAGGUUUGCUGGUGUUUUUUUAAGUGUUGGCAUUUAUAAAGAGUUCUCUGAUUUCACUCCAAUUGCUUCUUGUCUCUUUUCCAGUUUGACUGAAACUUUAAUUGCCUUUUCUGAUAAAUACUAACUGACCUUUCAAAACAGCAAAAAACUACAUGUAUAUUUCUUGAAAGGUGCCUUUGUGUUGAGAACACUCCAUGGGAGCAUUUUGUUCUUUGAUUCUUUUGUGGGUGCCAAUAUUUAAUGCUUUGAGAUUUCUUAUGAACACUUAAAAAAUUCUACUUCUCAAUGUGACUUUUGGCUUGAAUCUAUAUUUUUUGGUUGUAGCUCUUUUUAAAAGGACAUUGUCAGGGUUGUGGGCUCUAUGCUGAAGGUGCUGUCUGUCAGUCAGACCUAUACAGGGGGCACACCUUUGUGAAUCAAAGUUUUCUAGUAAAAGAUGGUUGAAAUCCCUGAUGGGUGAAGAGCUGUAUGCUUUAACUCUCUAUGAGAUGUGGACAAAAGAAACAAAAGCUAUUAAUUUCAUAGAGCCUGUGGAAAGUAAUUUUUUAUAAUACUGGCUCUUGGUCUAGUUAUCAGCAGUACAUUAGGAAUAGUGUUUAGCAGUCAGUGCAAGCAAAGAUAUUUUGCCAUGAGGCACUACAAAGUUGAAGUUAUUAAAACAUUUAUAGCCUUAGAAAAAAAAAUCAAUGAUUGUCAAAUAGGAAAGGACAAAAUCAGUAGUUGGUACUGGGAGGGGAAUUGUUUUCCAUCUGCUAAAACAGUAGAGGAAAUGCAAAAAUUAAACUAGCAAAAGCAAUGACAUGACAGUGUCCUUUUAAGUUUGAGCUUCUAUAUUGGGAGCUGCUGCCGGGGAGUUGGUCCAGCAUAGACUGUUUGUCCAGAGUGUUCCCAGUGAAUAUCCUUCAGCUGCACAUCAGGCUGUGUUUUCCAUGGGGCUUCGUGGAAUAACACGACUGCUGCUAAGGCUCCUACCCACGCCUUCAGUUUGUGUCCUUCCCACGUGGUUCGUGCACACACACUUGCUGGCUGUUUGUGUAGUUAUUGCUUUUGUGCACCUUGCACAUCACAGACCUGUAAUAAUCACACCCUUUUCAUUUCUAGCCUUUCCAGUCUUGCUGUUGAAUCUCAUCUUGAGCACGUAUUUAUAUGUGUAUGUGAGGUCUUAAUCUAAUAAAUUAUCUGGGGGUUUAAUUUA